CACCCCAGGAUCUCAAACAUGAGGCUGGUCUUCCCCAGGCUGCUGUUCCUCAGCGCCCUUGGAUUGUGUCUGGCUGCUCCUAAGAAAAAUGUUCGGUGGUGCACCACCUCACAACCAGAGGCAGAGAAAUGCGCUAGAUUCCAGCGGAACAUGAAAAAAGUGGGCCUCCCCUCUGUCUCCUGUGUGAAGACAUCCUCCCAACUUCAGUGUAUCCAGGCCAUUGCGACAAACAAGGCAGAUGCUGUGGCCCUGGAUGGCAGGUCGUUGUUUGAGGCAGGCCUGGCCCCCUAUAACCUGCUCCCUGUUGCGGCCGAGUUCUAUGAAACCAGAGCAAAGCCCCAAAUCUACAACUAUGCCUUGGCCAUGGUGAAGAAGGACAGCAGCUUCCAGCUCAACCAACUGCAAGGCGUGAAGUCCUGCUUCCCUGGCACUGGCAGCACCACCGGCUGGCACAUCCCUCUGGGGGUGCUUCGUCCACUCCUGAACUGGACAGGACCACCUGAGCCGCUUCAGAGGGCGGCGGCCCAGUUCUUCUCCGCCAGUUGUGCUCCCUGUGCAGACGGAAGCCGGUACCUGGGCCUGUGUCGCCUGUGUGCAGGGACAGAGGCGAAUAAAUGUGCCUGCUCUUCCAAGGAACCCUACUUUGGCGAUCUGGGGGCCUUCAAGUGUCUGAAAGACGGGGCUGGAGAAGUGGCUUUUGUCAACGAGAGGGUACUCUUUGAAAUCCCGCCAAACAGAGCUGACUGGGACCAGUAUGAGCUGCUCUGCCCGGACCGCACCCGGAAGCCCGUGCGUGCAUACAAGGACUGCUACCUGGCCCGGGUCCCAUCUCACACAGUUGUGACCCGAAGGAGCAUCGGCAUGGACAGCUUGAUCUGGGAGCUUCUCCGCCGGGCACAGAAGAUGUUUGGGAAAGGCAAGUCGUCAGAGUUCGCCCUCUUUGGCUCCUCUCCUGGGCAGGAGGACCUGCUGUUCAAAGACUCUGCCCUUGGGUUUCUGAGGAUCCCCUCGAAGAUAAAUUCCUCCCUGUACCUUGACUUCAGCUUCCUCUCAGCCAUGCAGAACCUGAAAGAAACAGGGCGGCGGUCCGAGCGGCGUGAGCAGGUGGUGUGGUGCGCCGUGGGCCGCCACGAGCUGCGCAAGUGCGCACGGUGGAGCAGCCUGAGCGACGGCAGCGUGGCCUGCGCGACGGCGUCCACCCCCGAGGACUGCAUCUCCCUGGUGCUGAAAGGAGAAGCUGACGCUUUGAGCUUGGAUGGAGGCUAUAUCUAUACUGCAGGCAAAUGCGGUUUGGUUCCUGUCCUGGCAGAGAACCGAAAAUCCAAUAAAAGACAAUCAGAUUGUGUGCAGAAACCAGAUAAAGGGUAUCUUGGUGUGGCAGUUGUCAGGAAAUCAAAUGUUGGCCUCACCUGGAAUUCUCUAAGAGGCAAGAAGUCCUGUCACACUGCUGUGGGAAGGACCGCAGGUUGGAACAUCCCCAUGGGCCUGCUCUUCAACCAGACAGGCUCCUGCAAAUUUGAUGAGUUCUUUAGCCGAAGCUGUGCUCCUGGGGCUGACCUGAGUUCUAACCUCUGUGCCCUGUGUGUUGGCGAUGAUCAGGGGGAGCACAGGUGUGCAGCCAACAGCAGCGAGAGGUACCAGGGCUACACUGGGGCUUUCAGGUGCCUGGUCAGUGAUGCGGGAGACGUUGCCUUCGUGAAAGACAGUACUGUGCUGGACAACACCAAUGGAAAGAACACUGAGGCGUGGGCUAAGGAUCUGAAGCUGGAGGACUUCGAGCUGCUGUGCCUUGAUGGCUCCCGCAAGCCUGUGACGGAGGCACAGAACUGCUAUCUGGCUGUCGCCCCUAGUCAUGCCGUGGUAUCUCGCAGAGAAAAGGCAGAGCUGGUGGAACAGGUGAUGCUCCGGCAACAGGCUCGUUUUGGAAGAAACGGACGUGACUGCCCCGGGAAGUUUUGCUUAUUCCAAUCUGAAACCAAAAACCUUUUGUUCAACGAUAACACAGAGUGUCUGGCCAGACUCCAAGGCAAAACAACAUAUGAAAAGUACUUGGGACAAGAAUAUGUCACAGCUGUCGCUAAUCUGAAACGAUGCUCUACCCCCCAGCUUCUGGAAGGCUGCGCCUCCUUGAGUGGGUAGGACCCCAGAAGAUGGCCCAGUCUCUGCGAGGGUGCCCCAACCCUUGGCGCUCCCUGUCCUUACCCCAGUGCAGUGACUUUCUUCUCCCUCCUGAAGGUGGAUUGGCUGCUUCACCUGUUUUGCAGUACCCUGCUGUCCUCUCACAAGAAAUAAAGUAAUAAAUGCG